CCUUUUUUGGUAAACCACUUUUGAGCUUUGGCUACCAAAAUGCCACUUCUUCUCAUGCUUCUCAAAGCACUCCUCCUCCUCCCCCCUCCAACAUUCUCACCAUAAAACCCCUCCCAUGCUUUUAUUUAUACCAUCACCCCCAAUCCCAACACUUCUUUCUCCAUAAGUCCUUCAACAUUCCUCAUAAAUUCUCCUCCUUUCUUUUCUUCAAGUCCUCAGAAUCUCCAGAUGAAGAGGUCCUCCAGUUUCUCCUGCUCUUCUUCUUCUUCUUCGUCCUGCGCCGGGCCGGAGAUUCCGAACCACUGCGUCCAGCCGGAGAUUCAGAAACCGAAACCGAAACCGAAACGCGUUCGGAAGAAGAGAAAAACCUCCGGAGCAGCAGCGGAAGAGAAAUGCCAGAAUGCCAACGCCCCGAAUUCAGGAACGGCAGGCGGAAGAAGCUCCGUUUACAGAGGGGUCACCAGGCACAGAUGGACCGGGCGGUUUGAAGCUCAUCUGUGGGACAAGAGUUCAUGGAACAACGUCCAGAAUAAGAAAGGACGGCAAGUUUAUUUGGGGGCCUAUGAUAGUGAAGAGGCUGCUGCUCAUACCUAUGAUCUAGCUGCCCUUAAAUAUUGGGGUCCUGGUACAAUACUCAACUUCCCGCAAGAAACAUACACUAAGGAAAUUGAAGAAAUGCAAAAGGCCACCAGGGAAGAAUACCUAGCAUCAUUGCGCCGGCGGAGCAGUGGAUUUUCAAGAGGAGUUUCAAAGUACCGUGGGGUAGCGAGGCAUCAUCAUAACGGGAGAUGGGAGGCGAGAAUCGGAAGAGUAUUCGGAAACAAGUACUUAUACCUCGGAACAUAUGAUACACAAGAGGAGGCAGCAGCUGCAUAUGAUAAGGCGGCGAUAGAGUACAGAGGAGCAAAUGCAGUGACCAAUUUUGAUAUCAGCAACUACAUUGACAGAGUCAAGAAGAAAAUCCAUCCUCUGGAUCAUCAAGAAUCAGAGGGUCAACCGCCUUCCACAUGCUCGAACAUUGGACCACCCCAAGAAGAAGAAGAAGAAGAAGUCGACCGCAAAGUGCACCCAUUACUACCACAACAGCAGCAGCAGCAGCAGCAACAAGAACAAUGCAAAGUGCACCAAUUGCAACCGCAACAGGAGCAGCAGCAGCAAGAAAAACAAGAGCUAAAACAAGAACGAAUGAUCUCGCCGCAACUUCAUUACCCUCAUCUGCUGCAUUGCAUCGAAAGCAAUACAAUGGAGCAAGUAAUGGAUCCUGAGCAUGCAAAGGAGCACCAGUUUAGUUGGAACUUUUUGGACACCGGAAUGAUAACUCAGCAGCUUCCAGUUCCCGAAGACAUCCACCUCGACAAGUCGUUGGAGUUACCGGACUUGUUCGAGGACUUGGGGUUCGAAGAGAACUUUGACUUGAUAUUUGGUGCAGCUGGGGAUGGCAGCUUGGGUGGCUUGAUGGAAUCUGCUGGGAGCGGGGUGGAUCAGGUGGGUGUCCAAAGAAACUUGGAGGACAAUGGGUCUUCUUUUUCUCCAUCAUCAACAACUACCUCUCUUUCUUUUAUAACUUAAUUGUGUUUGAAGUUUGAAGGGUGUUGGUCAAUGUGGGAGGGUUGGGGUUGGUCUCAGUUUGUUGUGAUUCCAUGUGGGUGGGUGGACAGGGAAGAUUGGACCAACAAAAAUUAUAAAACAAGAGAAUGGUUCUGGCUUUUUUGUGUCUUUGGUUUUGGGAGAAAGAAAGAAAUUUUCUUUAUUUUA